AUGGAGCAGCCCCAGCAGCCCCAGCAGACAAAGAAGGCGAAUAAGAAGAAUAAGAAACCGACUAAACAACAAAAUUCGGCCACUGAAGAUGCCGUGAAGAAAACAGCAGAGGCUCUUGAGAAUGUAACCGUUGGGGAAGCCGGAGAUGACGUUUCCCAGGAAUUUUACGGAAAUUUGCCAAUGCAUCAGUCUCAGUCAAAGGAAGGGCCAACAUAUACCGAAAUUCGUGACUUGUUUGACAAAAAGUACCUUGAUAAGGAUGUUUGGAUACGUGGCCGCCUUCACAGGAGUCGUUCAAAGGGAAAACUGUGUUUCAUAAUUAUUCGUAGCAGGCAGUACCUUUUGCAAGUUGUCUUGUCAGUUGGAGAUAAAGUAUCACCGAAUAUGCUCAAGUUUGCGGCAGCGAUUACGAAGGAGUCGAUCAUCGAUGUGUUUGGAACCAUUAAAUCUACACCGUCGCUUGUCGAGGGUUGCUGUCCUGACAAUAUUGAAAUGCACCUUCAGAAAGUGUUUGUUGUCAGUGCAUCAGCGCCCGUACUUCCUCUGCAGAUUGAAGACGCUAUGCGGCCUGAAGACGAUGAGACCCUCAGUCGCGUAAACCAAGACACUCGACUUGACAACCGGUACAUUGAUCUCCGUACACCUGUGAAUCAGUCCAUUUACCGCGUUGAACAUGGUAUCGUCCACUUCUUUAUGGAGUAUCUUGACAAAAAUGGAUUUACCAAUAUUCACACUCCCAAAAUGAUCUCGGCUGCAUCGGAAGGUGGUGCCAAUGUCUUUAAGGUCUCUUACUUUAACGGCUCGGCUUUUCUGGCACAGUCUCCCCAGCUUUAUAAACAAAUGGCGAUUGCUGCCGAUUUCGAUCGGGUUUACACUGUUGGUGCCGUCUUCCGUGCUGAAGACUCAAAUACUCAUCGUCAUCUUACCGAGUUUGUGGGUCUCGACCUUGAAGUUGCCUUUAAGAAUCAUUACCAUGAGGUCGUUGACCUCAUAGCUGAUAUGUUUGUCCACAUGUUCAAAGGACUACAGCGCCAGUACGCGACUGACAUUGAAACAAUCUGCAAGCAAUAUAAAGCCGAACCGUUCAAAUUCCUGGAGCCAAGGCAAGUCACACUCGUAUUAGGCCCUUAUUUCGUAUGCCUUUUACCCGCUUCCCUUCGUCUCGAAUUCUCUGAGGGUAUAAAAAUGUUGAGAGAGGCCGGAUGGGAAGUUGGAGAUUACGAAGACCUGAGCACUCCGGCCGAGAAGUUUUUGGGCAAACUAGUGAAGGAGAAGUAUGAUACAGACUUCUACAUUCUUGACAAAUUCCCCUUGGCCAUCCGACCAUUCUACACUAUGCCCGACCCACAUAAUAAGAAUUACUCCAAUUCCUACGACUUCUUCAUGCGAGGUGAGGAGAUAAUGUCUGGUGCACAGCGGAUUCAUGAACCUGAGUUCCUCACGGAACGCGCCAAGGCCCACAAUAUAGACAUCUCUACGAUAAAGUCAUAUAUUGACUCCUUCCGAUAUGGCUGUCCUCCACACGCCGGUGGUGGCAUUGGUCUGGAACGUGUCGCAAUGCUGUUCCUUGGUUUGGACAACAUCAGGAAGACUUCAAUGUUCCCUCGUGACCCGAAGCGCCUCACUCCUUAA